UGAUAAGUAAAGCAUACAUUGCCUAAUUGUAGAGAUAGCCGGCUAAACUAACUAACGAAACUAACAAUCAAAAUGGACCAAUGAGGCCUCUUUCCGGGCCGUAAUACGUGUGGGCUGCCCAUUGAGUUACUGGGCCAGAUGAUUGGGCCUUUCUCGACGGAGAAGACAGGCUUCUGGGUUCGAAUGGAGGAGGAAAGCAGGGCCAGCCCUGAGACUGGUUAGGGUUCAAUCAGUCACUUCUAUUUACACCCUGACCUAGCGGUGGUGACGACGCUGGUAUUGCUUUACACUACAGAGAGCGGAAGAGAGAGGAGAAGAACAGAGACAGAGAGGGAGAGGGAGAGGGAGAAAGAGGGAUCAAUUGAAGAUGGAUUUCUCAUCGAUGGCAGGGCAGCAGGGAUCAAAUCCGAAAAUUUCGACGGAGGAAUUUAUGGAUCAGUUCAAGUCUCAACUCGCCCAGGCGUAUGCCCAGGAGUUCCUCGAGACGCUAGGAGGGAAGUGCUUCGACAAGUGCGUGACGAAGCCAGGAUCAAGCCUGAGUGGGAGCGAAAGCAGCUGCGUCUCAAGGUGUGUGGACCGCUACAUUGAAGCCACCGGAAUCGUCAGCAGAGCUCUCUUCAAAGCUAACCAAUGAAGAAAGCCUUAAUGUUUCCUGAAUUCACAACUCAAAAUCACAUCUCCUCGCCCUCCCAUUGUUCCUCUUUUUGUGCCUUUUUGGUGGAUUCUACCUGACAAUUUGCGGUCUUUGAAGAAACGAGUUCUGUCAUGUGAACCCUUGGGGCCAUUCCUCUUAACAUAAUACUCUGGUCUCGCUGUUUGGCAAUGUGCAUGUAUGAGUUAAAGUCCAUACAAUUUGCGUUUGCAGCUUCAUGUAUCGUAGAGCGGGAAGGAUGGCAUUGUUCACAUAUUGAAUGUGGCAGAGACAGUGCUAACCUGGAUAUGGCAGAAAAGGUAGUAUCUUAACAAAAAUGGCUAACGCACGCAUUCGAGCAAGAAAUCUCCUUAUAAUCAUACAAUGAAAAUUUAAACAAAGCCAUUCCGAUGAAUUCCCUACUUCUGUCACACACCUGUAGGCCUCAGGCGGAUGGUUUCCUAUCUCAAAUGACUUCUGAAUACAGACAGUAAAACAAUUACAAGUCCCCAAGUAGGGCUCACAGAGAACUACUACACUAGUACCUUCAGUUUGGGUUCUAGAACAGGGGGAUCAAUAUCAAUACCCAUAUUAGCUGCUGUUCCCGCUAUGAUUCUCAUUGCAGACUCAAUGUUUGUGCAGUUCAAGUCUGGCAGCUUUUCUGCAGCAAUUGUCCGCAGUUGGUCGAUGGUUAUCAUACCCACUUUCUCAUUCUUCGGGUCCUUGGAACCUUUCUCCGCUCCUAACCAAGAAACAGAAAGGUAAGGUAACAACAAACUGUCACUGACAAC